AAGGUGUUGGCAAUUCUGGGGGCCCACAGAACCAUAUUUCCGAAGGUAUGUGGACACCUGACCAUCACAUCCAUAUGUGGUUCUUCCCCAAACUGUUACCACAAAGGUAGAUGCACACAAUUGUAUAAAAUGUCUCUGUACACUGUAGCAUUACAAUUUCCCUUCACUGGAACUAAGAGGCUCAAACCUGUUCCAGCAUGACAAUGCCCCUGUGCACAAAGCGAGCUCCAUGAACACGUGGUGUGUGAAGGUUGGAGUGGAAGAACUCGAGUGUCCUGCACAGAGCCCUGACCUCAACCCCACUGAACACCUUUGGGAUGAACUGGAACUGGAGACUCCUUACCCAACAUCAGUGCCUGAUCUCACUAAUGCUCUUGUAGCUGAAUGAACACAAAUCCCCACAGCCACGCUCCAAACUCUAGUGGAAAGCCUUCCCAGAAGAGUGGAGGUUAUGUUCAAAAAGCACAUAUGGGCAGGUGUUCACAAACAAGCAUAUUAUAGGCUAACAUUUGACAUAGCAAUGAUAUUAUGUGCGUAAAUGUGAAUAUUUCUGAAGAUAGUUGGUGGUUUAUAAAAUGCAAAAUCUAAAGAAUGGAAAAAUAACAAGAUAACAUUAGAAAUUAGCUAUUGGUGUAGUGCACAUGCUGCAUUGUAAUCUAUUAAAUAUGACGUGGGUCACAUUUCUGCAGUGUGGAUCUCACUAAAAUUGUGAUCCUGCUUAUGGCUCUAGCUCUAUGUAUACGUAAAAAUUGCCAAAAAAAAGUGCAUAAGUGUGUGAUUUGAGACACAGAGAUAUGAGUAUGAGUAUGAGCAUGAGUAGCUGUUUGGGAUUGGGACCUAGGCGCGGGAGAGACCUGUCCAAUCAAGUCGCACUAACUUCCCGGCUGACCAAUAGCAGCGCAGUGCGCACCGAGGCUGAGGUGACGGGAUUCACUUCACUGAAUCGAUUCUUUCGAGCAAAUUCCAUUUAAAUGAAUCGAGGUAUGUGAUUUGUUGACUCAGAGUAAGCAUCCAGAAACAUUGUGUUGGCUACAGAUUCUACUUUUACAGUAACCCACACUGGCUUACAUGCUGAGUUAAAUUUGAAAAAUUUAAAAUUAAAUAUAGAUAUUUGUUAGUGCUUAGGAAUCGAUUCUUUCAGACUCCUUGAAGAUCCGGUUCUUUCUGGAGUCGACCAUCACUGAUCAGCUGCGAGGCUGCAAAGGAGACGGGGUUCAGAGAGAUGUCACCAGCAGGUGAUUGUCAUGUCGUGACACUGAUGCGCUCGCAGUAGUAAAGGGCCUUGCAGUGUCGCGUGCUCAGUAAUGUUGUGCGUGGCUGCGUGUGCCGAGCUCGUGCGCGGGAUUUGCGUGAGGAGGCUGCGGAGCGGCUGCGCACUGCAGACUGGGCCGGUGCACCGCGAGCUCCUAAAACCAACCUCACAAUCCUGCCCUCUUCCUCUGCGCUUCCCCUGCAGCAUCCCACCGAUUGUUUGAUCAACAAUCGAUAGAUCAGCAGACAUCAUGAUGAAGAAUCAGAGUAUGACCUUCCUUCCUUUACGCGUCUGAAACGUGAGUGAGUGAGGUGGGCCAUGCUCUGUCCAGAGCGUGGAGUGGUGGAGGAAUGGCUCUCAGAAUUCAAGACGUUACCUGAUGAUCUGAUCCCUGGCUAUACUUGCUGCCUGCGUCUGAAGAAAGGUCUGGUGCCUGCACUAUAUGCUGUCAUACAGGAGCGGCCCAGCAGUGAGCUUUUGGCUCCAGUGUGUCAUCAGCUGUUUGAACUGUACCGGAGCACAGAGGUGGGACUACGCCGCUUCACACUGCAGUUCCUGCCGGAGCUGAUCUGGGUGUACCUACACCACACUGCCAGCAGAGAGCGCCACCGCAACGGCUGUGUAGAGGCUCUAUUGCUGGGAAUUUAUAACCUGGAGAUUGUGGACAGUAAGGGAAACAGCAAGCUUUUGUCCUUCACCAUACCCUCUCUCUCUAAGCCUUCCAUAUACCAUGAGCCCUCCAGUCUGGGCUCCAUGGCUCUGACAGAGGGAGCGCUUAGCCAACAUGACCUGAUCAGAGUGGUAUACAGUGGCCUGCUGCCCCAGAGAGAGACUUUUACUUCUCAAAACAGGUUUGAAGUGCUGUCUUUCCUCAUGCUCUGCUACAACUCUGCUGUGGUCUACAUGCCAGCAUCCUCCCAUCAAUCAGUCUGCAGAAUGAGCUCGCGAUUGUGUGUAUGUGGCUACCCACGUCAGCAGCAGAAGUUGUGGAAAGAAUCAUGCAACCGCGUGCGCCUGGAUCCGGAGUUCAUGGUGCAGAUGCUGACUGCAGUUUAUCAUGCCAUCUACAAUGGCCAAUGGGAACUCGGAAGAGAAGCUUUGGAGGACAUCUUGUAUAGAGCACAACUAGAGCUAUAUGCCAAGCCAAUACUAGUAGCAAAUGCUAUGAGAUGUUCCCUGCCAGCUCGACCGCCAGAGGGUGCACGGAAUCUUCUGGAGGUUGAAGUUACGCCCACAAACAAACGCGUCUCUCAGACGGCUAUCACUGCUGCAUCCAUCCGCAGACUCCGCUGGAAACGAGAGGAUGCAGAUGGUGGGAGCUGUGGUGAGGACUCAUUUGACCCAGAUGAGGGCUUUUCCUCCGGGGCCUCCAGCAGUAGCCAGCCCAGCAGUAUGAAGAAGGACCGGGUUGCAGGAGUGCGUCUGUCCCGGGAUCCAGCAUUGUGGCAGAGAGAGAGCAAAUCUGUCGAGACCAGAGCUGCUUUAUGCACACACCACCAACACCACCAGUCGCCUCCUCCAGCUAUCACGCUCCGCACUGCCGAGAGGAGCAGAAGCCCUAGCCCCAGCAUGCCCAGGAGGUUCCUAGACCCGCAUUACCUGCCCCCAUUCACUGGUCCUCCAGCCAGAACUGCUAGCACAUCUUCCAGUAAAUCCCUGGACUGCACCGGUUUCAACGGCUCAUCUGGGCCCACAGAUAGCUUGUCAUUUGGGAGCCUGAGUGCAGAUAGGGCUCACUGUUUGUCAGCUAUCAGCCUGCAGGAAAUGCAACUAAGGCGGGCAUCACGAAGCCAAGAUCUGCUCUCGCCUGGAAGUCCAUUUUCCUCUGCAAGCCCUCUGUCCAAACAGUCUCGCUCCUCCAGUUUUAAUAUGCAGAUUAUAUCACAAGUGUAGACAAAUCUCUGUGUGUCUUAGUGUGUGUGUGUGUGUGUCUGUGUGUGUGUGUGUGUUGACUGAAAUAUCGUGCAUGUGUAUGAGCAUGUCUUUGUAUAUGUUAAAUGGUUGUAGCAUAUGUGCGUAUGAGAAAGUGUGUAUGUGUGUGUGCGUGUGUGUGAUUGUGCAUGUUUAUGUACAUAAAGUGAAUAAUUUACAAUUACACCAUUAUGCACUGGCAGUUUUGCAGAAGAAAUAAGUGUUUUGCACCAUACUUUCCCUUGUGGACAUGUGAUCCAGAGGUGCAUAUAAUGUGCCAUAACAAAUGUAAAGAGGAAUACCACUUCAAAAUCCUGCUGUAUCUUAACAAUAGUCUCAAGAAUUGACAAUCACAUGUCACAUUAAAUGAUGAGUGGCCUGACAAUGCAUGAUCCAAAGAAUCAAAUGUGUGAGACUCCAGGAGAUAUUAAAGAAGCUGCUUGAAUUUCACUGCUGCAAAUGGUAUAGACUGAGCCCGCUUGUGUUGUCUGUGCUACUGAUCUAUCCAGUGCAACUGAAAUGUGCAGAGCCUCAAAGAAUCCAUGGAAAAGCUACAUUGUGUAAUGAAUGAUAUAGAUUAUAUUCUUGGAAGCAAGUUUAUAUCUCAAAAAUGUGUACAUUUAUGUAAAUGAAUAUUGUAAGAUAGGAAGAGUUAUAUGCUGUGACAAUAUCUCUAUAUUGCUUGUACAGCAUUGAAGAUUUAUCUGUUCAAUGGUGAAUAAAUACAUUGUGACGAUCA